AUGGCAUCUUCCAAACAGAAUGGUGGAGAAAAUGUUGGAAGCUGUUUGCAGAAUACCAGAGGCUUCACUCUCCAAGUCCUUACAGGGCGUUGGUUCAUGGCGUUUUCCUCAUUCAUGAUCAUGUCAGUAUCAGGAGCAAGCUACAUGUUUAGUCUAUACUCCAGGGAAAUCAAGUCAGCUUUGGGGUAUGACCAAUCCACCCUAAAUCUCUUAAGCUUCUUCAAGGACUUGGGGUCUAACAUAGGAAUCAUUUCAGGCCUAAUCAAUGAGGUAGCACCCCCUUGGGUGGUCUUAACAAUUGGUGGGGUUCUCAACUUUUCUGGGUACUUCAUGAUUUGGCUUGCAGUGACUUCAAAAAUUGCCAAACCCCAAGUGUGGAACAUGUGCUUGUACAUCUUCAUUGGAGCAAAUUCUCACUGUUCAACCAACACUGGGGUCAUUGUGACCAGUGUAAAGAACUUCCCUGGCACAAGGGGCAUUGUAAUUGGCCUUUUGAGUGGCUAUCUUGGUUUGAGUGCAGCUAUCAUUACACAGAUAUACUAUGCCUUCUAUCGAAAUGACUCCAAGUCUCUAAUUUUGCUUAUGGCAUGGCUUCCAACUGCUGUAACUUUUGUUUUCUUACCAGUUAUCAGGCACCACAAGGGAGUUGAACAGCCAAAUGAUUCCAAGGCUUUCUAUAAUUUCCUCAAUACCACUUUAGUCCUUGCAGGUUUCCUCAUGGUAGUGAUCAUACUUCAAAAACGUUUCACCUUUACACAGAGUGAGCUGUAUGUGACUACUAUUCUGAUGCUUCUGUUGCUCAUCCUGCCACUUGCUGUAGUUAUGUUUGAAGAACAAAAGAUAUGGAAGAGGAAACAAGAGCACAACAACAGUGAACACCCUCCUAUGCUUUUGAAUAUAACAGCACAGAUUCCAAAUCAACAGAAUUCUGCACAGGCUCCACAAAAGCAAGUUUCCUGUUGGAAAAGCAUGUUCAGGCCACCAAGUAGAGGUGAAGAUUAUACAAUACUUCAAGCCCUUUUUAGCCUUGACAUGGUGAUUCUUUUCUUAGCAACAAUUUGUGGACUUGGUGGUACACUCACUGUGGUAAAUAACUUGAGCCAAAUUGGUACAUCCUUAGGAUAUUCGUCCCACAGUGUAACCACAUUUGUGUCCCUCAUGGCCAUUUGGAUCUAUAUGGGUAAAAUUGUACAGGGUGUGGUCUCAGAAAUUAUCAUAGCCAAAUUUAAAGUUCCUAGGCCUCUCCUAUUCACCUCAAUCCUUGUCAUACCUUGUGUUGGCCACCUUCUAAUUGCCUUCAAUGUCCCAAAUGGUCUCUAUGCAGCUUCAAUUAUAAUUGGAUUCUGCUUUGGGGCAAACUGGCCACUACUUUUUUCCAUCAUAUCUGAACUUUUUGGCCUUAAAUUUUACUCAACUUUGUAUAAUGUUGGGUCAGUGGCAAGUCCAAUUGGGUCAUACUUGUUCAGUGUAAGGGUUGCAGGGCAUUUGUAUGACAAGGAAGCCACCAGGCAAAUGGAAGCAUUAGGAAUAACAAGGAAACCUGGGGAGGAGUUGAAUUGCAAUGGAACUGAGUGCUACAAAUUGGCCUUCAUUAUAAUCACUGCAGUUAGUCUGUUUGGGGCACUUGUGUCUCUCAUCCUGGUGCUAAGGACUAGAGAGUUCUAUAAAGGUGACAUAUACAAGAAGUUCAGAGAGGAAAAUGGAACUGCUGAACCUGAAACUGGUCAUAUACAGAACAAGAUUUCACAACCUGCUGCAAAUGAAGGCUAG